AAACCUAUCAAACAACAUGGAGACUCCUAACCCUGUCAACUGGUCGAAACUCCCUCUCGAUAUCCUCAGAUCUGUGUUUGAACUUUUGAACUUUGUGGAUUUCCACCGAGCUAAGAUGGUUUGUUCCAACUGGUAUUCAGUUUCGAAACAAACAGUUCCCCGGAAAAGCGGAUGUCCAUGGCUAAUGCUUUUUCCAGAUGAAGGUGAUUACGUGCUGCACAACCCAUACGAAGACAUGGUUUACAGGAGAAGAGGGAUAGACUGUUCAGGGAGUCGAUUCCUGGCAAGCUGCGGUAAAUGGUUGUUGAUGCUAGAUUCUCGAUCCAGAUUAUAUAUUAUACAUGUGUUUAGUGGGAAUAGGAUUGAUCUUCCUCCAUUAGAGUCGGUUUUAUCGAACGACUCUGCUCUGAAGCGUAUGGUAGAUAGAGAUAAGGAGUUUGAAUUUGAAUCUACUGAUGGCUCUUAUUACUCAUUAUUAUACGCGGAUGAAAUCAAGGGACGUUUGUGGGUAGACGAGGAGUCGAAAGAGGUGGCUUUAGUGUGGUACUUUGACGCCCCUGCUUGUUUUGUAUGCCUUUACAAGAAAGGGAAUGCUCAUUACGAUCUCAUUCCAAUUACCUAUGGAGUUCCCAGGAAGUUAACUGGCCUAUGUGGUCUGGUUCUUCGGGGUUACCGUCUAUACAUCUUAACGACUCGUAGAGUCGUUAGAGUCAUAGAUUUUUCUGGGCAGCAAGGUUUCGAAGAACUCACCCGGAGUUACACAUCCCCAACGUUUUCUCAUCUUGGAUAUAAUUGUUAUUCUAGCCUGGUGGUUACAACAGCAGGAGAGUUUUUGUUGGUCACAAUCACAACCUCUGAAAGUAGCGAAAGAGCCUUCCGCAUCUACUACAAGGAUCCUAAUGCUGAGCCAGAUGACCAAAUGCCCGAUCUCGUUCAGUUAGAUUCUCUUGGUGAUGAGGCCCUGCUUCUCGACUUGGGUAUCACUGUGCCUGCUAACCAUACCCUUGGUAUCAAACCAAACUUUAUCUAUUUCACUCGUCAGGACCCUAUUAGUUCCAAGACCAACUGGAACCAAACCGCCCAUGUCGUGCCCCCUUCUGAGGUGGACAUCUGUGUGUUCAAUCUUUCAACCAAGACCCUCGAACCCUUCCCUGCUCCCUCCAACAUGAGUCUCAAUAAUGCUCGAUGGAUUUUCUCCAUGACUUGAUACCAAAUUCCCAGACUCUUUUGCCUCUGUUUUAUUUUUGUCUUUCUCUAGUCGCCUUUCUUCGUUUCCCUUAUGCUCUUGAAUGAUUAUGACAUUUUUUGCUGCCUUUUUAAACUCUUGGUAGACUUGAACGAAUGUUUGAAAAGAGGAAUGUGUUCUCAUUUUCAUUUAGUAAGUACAUGCUCUUUUAACCAAUUAAUACGUUGACUUUUG